CGUUACAUUCAGUAUGUUGUUCGUUGUGGGGUGAGAUCGUUGCUCUUCGAUUUCAUCCUGUUGAGUGUUCCGCGCUACAGAUUCCACUCCAAUAAUCACCGGAAACCCUGCUCAAAUUUAACGUGUUUAUUAUAAACUGUGAGAAGUUGACAAGCUAGUGUAGAGCAAUGGUGAAAAUGGUAAGCGAAAAGGAUGACGGGCAGGCCACCCACAUCUGCGUGCCGGGUCAGCGACUUUGCGCGGUUUCAGAGUACACAGUGGGUGGUGAAGGAACGUACGAAAAAUUGGGAUAUCUGCACGCGAGCCUCUCCGGUGUGGUAAAGUUCCGCAAGCGGCAUAAGAAUAACUACAUUUCAGUGGCAUCCUUCGGAAGCAAAACGGUGGUUCCCGUGGUGGGAGACGUCGUAACGGCGAAGAUCACAGUCAUAAACCAACGAUUUGCCAAAUGCGUUAUCAUCUGUAUUGGGAAAACUUGUCUGAACAGACCGUACAGAGGAAUUUUACGGAAAGAGGAUGUGCGCGCUACCGAAAAAGAUCGCGUUGAAAUGUACAAAUGCUUCCGACCAGGUGACAUCAUUUUGGCUCGAGUGCUUCCACUGGUCGAGCUUAACACCUACCACCUGACGACGGCCGAAAACGAGCUCGGUGUAGCGGUCGCCAUGUCCAAUAAGAGUUCCGAACCGACGCCCAUGGUUCCGGUUGGUUGGACCGAGAUGCAGUGUCCGGUGACAUUGGCGAAGGAACCUCGCAAGGUGGCAAAAAUUGUACCGGAAACGGCACCACCCAAUUAUGAUGGAAAGUUGUAACAGGACGGACGGAAUAAACCAAUAUGACUAUCGUUAA